AUGGACAAAGGACCAAAUUGGGGGGGAGGGGGGGUGCAGUGGACACUCCUGCGCCAUUUUACGGCAACAUUCCCGUGUAAAGAGCGAAGCCGCGACUACGGCGGGCCCUGCGGGCGCGGCGGGCGCGGCGCGGGCGGGCGCGGCGGGCGCGCGGCGCGGGGCGGGCGCGCGGGCGCGGCGGGCGCGGCGGGCGCGGGACGGCGGGCGCGGGCCGAUGUGCGCGGCGGGCGUGGGCGGCGCGGCCAUGUGGGUGCGGCAGCGCGGGCGCGCGGCGAGAAAUGCGGCACGGCGGCCGGUGGCGUGGGCCCGAUCGCGGCGGGCGCGGUGAGCGGCGGUGCGCGCAAGCGCGGCGGGACGGCGGCGCGGCGGGCGUCGCGGGCGCGGUGGGCGCGGUGGGCGCGGCGGGCGCGGCGGGCGGGCGGGCGGCGGGGGCGGGCGGGCGCGGCGCGCGCGGCGCGGCGGGGCGCGUGCGGGCGGACGCGGCACGGCACGGUGGCGCGGGCGCGCAGGCGCGGGGCGCUGGGCGCGGUGGGUGCGGAGGCGCGGCGGGUGGCGGUGUGCGGGCAGCGGGGCGCGGGCGGCACGGGGCGCGGCGCCCGGGGCGUGGCGGGGUGGGCGCGCGGAGCGGGCGGUCGGGGCGGGGGGGGCGGUCGGUGCGUGUGGGCGCGGCGGGUGGGGUGCGGCGGCGACGGGCGCGGCGGGCGGGUGGUGGCGCGGCGGCGCGGCGCGCGCAGCGGGCGCGGCCGUGCGAGCGCGGCAGCGCGGCGGGCCGGCGGGCGCGGCGGGCGCUGUGGGUGCGUGCGCGGUGGGCGCGAGGUGGCCGCGGCGAGCGGCGCGGGCGCGUGCGCGGGCGGGGGCGCGGACGUGGGGCGCGCGGCGGCGCGGUGCGCGGCGCGGCGGGCGCGGCGGCGCGGCGAGCGCGGGCUGGGCGCGGGCGUGGGCGUAGCGCCGGGCGCGGCGGGCGCGGCGGGGCGCGGCGGGCGCGGGGUGCGGCGAGCGCUGCGGGCGCGGUGGGCGCGCGGACGCGGCGCGGGCGGGGCGCGCGCGGGCGUGGGGCACGGGCCCGGUGGGUGCGGCAGCGUGCGGGCGCGCGUGGCGCCGCGGGCGCGGCGGGGCGCGGCGGGCGUGGCGGGCGGGCGUGGCGGGCGGGGGGGCCGGGCGCGGCGGGCGGGGGGCCGGUGGCGGCGGGCGCGGCGGGCGAUGGGCGGGCGCGCCGGGCGCGCGCGGCGGCGCGGCGAGCGCAGCGGGGGCGCGCCGGCCCAUCGCCGCCGCGGCGCGGCGGGCGUGGGCGCGGGUGCGCGGCCGCGGCUCGCGGCGGGCAAGCGCGGCGGGCACUGGCGCGAGAGCACGGCGGGCGCGGCGGGCGCGCGGUGCGCGGCGGGCGCGGCGCGCGGGAGCGCGCGCGGCGUCGGCGCGGCGGGCGGGCGGCGGCGGGGCGCGCGGCGCGGCGCGGGCGCGGGGGGCGCGGCGGUGCGGCGGCGCGGGCGCGGAGGGCGCGGGGGGUGGGGCGGCGUGGGACGCGGCGGGCGCGGCGGGCGCGGCUGGGCGCGCGCGGGCGCGCGCGCGCGCGGCGAGCAGCGGGCGGGGCCGGCGGGGGGCGCGCGGAAGGCGCGCGAGCGGGCUGCAGGGGCGCGGCGCGGGGGGGGCGGCGCAGCGGGCGAGCGCGGCUGGCGCGGCGCGAGCGGGUGGGCGCGGAUGUGCGUGGCGGCGGCGGUCCAGGCGCGGGCCCGGGCGCGGGCGGGCGUGGGAGGCGGGCGCGGGCGGGCGCGGCCGGGCACGGCGCAGGCGCGUGGCGUGAGCGCGGCGAGGCGGCGGGCGCGCGGAGCGCGGCGGGUGCGGCGCGGCGCUGCGGGCGGCGCGGGCCGGGCGCGGGCGCGGGUGGGCGCGGCGACGCGGCGCGGGCGCGAUGUGCGCGGCGGGCGUGGGGCGCGACCCGGUGGUGCGGCAGGCGCGGGCGCGGUGGGCGACGCGGGCGCGGCGGGGCGCGGCGAGCGCGCGCGGCGGGGGGCGGGGGGCCGGGCGGCGGCGGGCGCGGGCGAGGCGCCGCGGCGAGGCGGCGCGCGCGCCGCGCGGGCGCGGCGGGCGCGGCGGCGCGGCGCGGGCGCGGGGCGGGGCGCGGCGGGCGCGGCGGGGCGGGGGCUGCGGGCGCGCGCGCGGCGGGCGCGGGCGCGGCGGCGCGUGCGGGCCCGGGCGGCGGGGCGCUGGCGGGCGCGGGCGGGCGCGGCGGGCGCGGCGGGGCGUGGCGGGCGCGGGGCGCGCGCGAGCGCGGCGGGCGCGGCGGGCACGGCGGGUGCGACCGGGCGGCGGGCCCGGGGGGCCCGGUGGGGGGCGGCGGAGGCGGGCGGGCGCGGCUGGCGGGCUGGCGCGCGCGUGCGGCGCGAGCGGGCGCGGUUUUCGGCUGGCGGGGCGGGGCGCGGUGCGGCGGCGGUCACGGGCGCGGCGGGGCGCGGCGUUCGCGGGCACGAUGGGCACGGCGGGCACGGCGGGCGCGUGCGCGGCGGGCGCGGGGGGCGGGCGCGGGAGCGCGGCGCGCUCGCGGGCGGGCGCGCGAGGCGGCGUAGCGGGCGCGGCGGGCGCGGCGAGCGCGGCGGGCACGGCGGGCGCGGUCGGUGCUGCCACCCGUGGUCGGGGAAGUGGCGCGUGUAUAGCGGGGUGCACUUCGCGCCGGCAGAAGGUGCGGCUCAAGGAAGCACGCCUGGAGUCAUGGAGGCGCAGGAGGACGCGCCGCUGCAAGCCUGGCUGCGCCUGUACUCGGCUCGCCGGCUGGCAGCGCUGGAAGACCCUCAGGUGCUGGCUCGCAGCUUUGCUGAGUUGGAGACAGCGCCGGCUUCGCAGGCUCGCGUGCCGAACAGCACAGCUGCGCAGCCUCUUCCUUCUGGCGCCCUUGCCAGUAGCUCCAGAGGACAAUGGCAGAGGAAAUGGAUGCUUUUCGGGGACGUCAAGAUUGACGAGGACCCGCCAGCGCGCAAGCUCGAGAAUGCGAUCUUUGAGGUGCGUGUCAUACUGAGCACAGGCGAGGAGCAAACGCUCCUUGAGUGGCAGAUGACUGAUCUGCUUGGGCGUAAAGCUGAGAUGAAGGCCAAGUUGUGGUUCUACGGCUUGAGUGAACUCUGUCGAGAUCUUCGGCGCCAGUUUAGCGAGCACAACAAGAACAUGGUGAAGAAUUUCCACCGCUGGGCGGAGAGCAGCUACGACGCCUGCAAGCAGCCGGGUGUUGCGUUCCAGGAUGCUUACAUCUCCACGGCAGAUGGUGACAUCAAGCAGCUCCGAAAGGAUCCGCGGCACGGGUGCUACGUGCAGGUCUCGCACCAAAUCGUGUUCAGGCCAUCAGACGUGAGUCGGCGCCGGCUGGCCUCUAUGCUUCUGGCGUCUUUCUCUGGCGGUGAUGGCUUGGAGAGGCUCCUUGCGCAGAGUGCUCUUGCUCUUUCCGGGAUGCGCCAGCCGGACGUCAUGAACGUCUUUUUUGGCGCAGGCAUGGAAGGCAAGAGCCUGAUCCUGGUCGAUCUCAUGGCAGCGUGCUGGGGAAGUGGAUUUGGCAAUCCUCCGGGCACUAUGCUCCAAGUUGAGCGGGAGUUUCAGCAACAGGGGCUGAAAUACUUGCAUUGCGCCAUGCUGACAUUUGACGAGUGCCGUCGAGACCAGGGUAUUGUUGAGGACGUUGUGAAGUUGUUCAUUGGCAACGGCAUCUUGCCUCUGCGGCGGAACCAUGAGGCUGAAACCAAGGAUGGCUCCUAUGCCUACUGCGGCAAGAACUGGUGCAUGAACUUGGGCGAUGUGCCUGCCAUUCCAACGGCAUUGGAGAGGUCGCAUUCCCGCCGGUUUCGAGGCGUCUUCAUGCGCGCCAACAUGACAACGCAGGUGGAGUUUGUGGAUGUAGCCUCCAAGAAGUUCUUGGCCGACGAAGACGCAAAGGGCUUCAUGUCUUCAGGCGAUGCUGUCUGGUCCUUCUUCCAAGACUUCUUGUUCAAGUACAUGCGGCAGAGUGGCCCACGCCAGUGGUACAGGGUUCUCGACUACGUCAAGCCGGGUUCGCAGACGGAGAAGGACACUGCUUGGCUCUUGCAGAAGAUGGCCCGCGUGACCACCGCAGCACAUCCUGACGCGCCUGGUGAUGCUCCAGCGCCUCUUGGGGCCGGCCUGGAAGAGCGAGCUGAGUCUCGCGCCGUCCGGAUAGUGCAGGAAACGCACGCCGCCUUGACCUCUUCUGCGCUGACAGCCCACUCGGUGAACAGAUGCAGCCACGUGCAGGCCAACCCCGGCGGAGAUGGCAGCAAGUCAUCGAAGCACAGAAGCCGUGCAGAGUUCCUACAGGAUGCAAUUGCGGAGUUUCCCUAUCUGCUACGACGGGCCCCAGAAGAUCGCAGAGGCAGUGUGAAGUUUCUUCGCCGGCCCGUGGAUGUAGGGAAGAUGAUGGCUGUUCUGGAAGAGGCAGGUUGUUGCGCGGGGGUGUUGAUUCGGAAGGGCAUCGUGAGUGUUGGCGCUUAA